CUAAAACCAAAAUGGUCUCCCCCAUGGACUGUCUAUAUAUAGAUAUAUAUCUCCUCUUCUUUCUAGUUCACUGACCACACUAGUCUCUACAACUCUCUCUCGCUCUCGCUUAAGUAGUUAAAUUGAAUCACUCGAUCCAGAGAGAUGGAAAAUGGGUUGGCGGAGAGAUGGGGUUUCCGGGGAAGCGAAUUGGUGAACAAGGCUUCGGCGAUCAGCAUUAGAAGUGUUCUGAACGAGGUCAUGCAAAACAUGGAUGAAGAAGACCUACGCCCAACCAUCCCUCUCGGCCACGGCGACCCCUCUGCCUUCCCCUCCUUCCGCACCACCCCCAUUGCCGAGGACGCCGUCUCCGAUGCCCUCCGCUCCGCCAAAUUCAAUGGUUAUGCCCCUACCGUCGGUAUUCUUCCCGCUAGAAGGGCCAUAGCAGAAUACCUUUCAGAGGAUCUUCCAUACAAGUUAUCGCCAAACGAUAUUUAUCUGACAAUUGGAUGCACACAAGCAAUCGAAGUUAUCUUAACGGUUCUUGCUCGUCCCAAUGCCAACAUUCUACUUCCGAGACCAGGCUACCCAUUCUAUGAAGCCCACGCUGCAUAUAGCAGUCUUGAAGUCCGCCACUUUGAUCUUCUUCCAGAGAAAGGCUGGGAGGUAGAUCUUGAUGCAGUUGAAGCUCUCACAGAUGAGAAUACUGUUGCCAUGGUUAUUGUUAACCCUGGAAAUCCUUGUGGGAAUGUUUUUACUUACCAACAUUUAAAGAAGGUUGCUGAGACUGCGAGAAAGCUUGGGAUAUUAGUGAUUUCUGAUGAAGUUUAUGAUCAUCUUACUUUUGGGAUUAAUCCAUUUGUGCCUAUGGGAGUCUUUGGAUCAAUUGCACCUGUCAUUACUGUUGGCUCUAUAUCAAAGAGGUGGAUUGUUCCUGGUUGGCGACUUGGUUGGCUUGUCACAAAUGAUCCCAAUGGCAUUCUUGAAAAAUAUGGGAUAGUCGAUUGCAUUAAGGGCUUUCUCAACAUUACCUCUGACCCUGCCACAUUCGUUCAGGGGGCACUUCCUCAAAUUCUUGAGAAAACGAGAGGUGAUUUCUUUUCCAAAAUUGUUAAUCUACUGAGAGAAGCUGCAGAUGUUUGCUAUAAUAGACUUAGGGAAAUCCCUUGCAUUACUUGCCCAAGCAAACCUGAAGGAUCUAUGUUUGUAAUGGCGAAACUAAAUCUAUCAAUCCUGGAAGACAUUAAAGAUGAUGUUGACUUCUGUAUCAAGCUGGCUACAGAGGAGUCCGUUGUUGUUCUUCCAGGGGUUGCUGUAGGAAUGAAGAAUUGGGUCCGUGUAACAUUUGCCGUUGAGCCAUCAUCACUUGAAGAUGGCCUUGGGAGGAUAAAAGCUUUCUGCCUAAGGCAUGCCAAGAUGCAAUAAGAUGAUGUUGUUUGGUAUCCUCUCCAGUAACUGAGGAAUUCUGUUUCAUCUCUUUGGCUAGUGUAGAGAUUUCGACCGCGUGAUGUGGGUGAUUAGUGCUUGCUGAUCAACACGCACGCUUAUUUUUAAAAUUUGGCAUAAUAAUAAUGUGCUUGUUCCACAGCACUAUUGUUGUAAGUAUAAUUAGUUACUCUAAGCCAUAAAUUUCUCUGUAAAAACUUUGGAUCUCAUGCUUCCCCUCAUGUUUAAUAUAUACAUAUAUAUAUCCUAUUUAUUU